CUGUCCUUCUGGCUCUCUUCUUCAUCUCUCAGUCGUUUGUACUCUUCUCACCUGCCAUCCACCCAGCUGAGGUGUACCCGACCACUUUGCCGAACCAGAUCGCCAGACGAUACAAGAUACAGCACACCAAGUUACGCCAUGAGCGAUCACGGUGAGAUUUCAAAUAAGAAACGCAAGAUCCAGAGAGCGUGCGACUCGUGCAGAAAGAAGAAGGUCAAAUGUGACGGGCCCCAGAACAGGGUGACCAAUACCAAAUGUAGCAAUUGUCAUGAGGCCAAUGCAGAGUGCACAUAUCAGGAAGAGUCGGCUCGUCGAGGACCUCCCAAAGGAUAUGUGGAGACUCUUGAACACCGGUGCAAGCGCCUAGAAAGAAUCAUUGAGCAGCUCGACCCGGAGCUGGAUUCGGAUGCGUAUGCGGGACCAGUCAUGGACCGCGACUCUUUUGACUUGAAUGCCUACCGCCGCGAGCUUUCCGGUCGAAACAUACCCUCUUUCCCCUCCCACAAACCACUCGAUGCGUCCAAGCCGGGACAUUACCGUACCGCCGACACAUCUUCCAACAAUGCUGACACUCCCGAAUCUUUCUUGAGGAGGUUCUAUGCUGAGCUCUCCCCGGCCGCGUCCCUGAACAACGUUGUGGACGAGAAAGACCAUUACAAUCAAAUCAGCGUUGCAGGAGGUAUGAAGCGGAUGGGUAUCCGUGACGAACACUGGCGAUACCAUGGGAGAUCUUCGCAGAUUGAUCUUGUUGCAACCCUUUUGGGGCUCCAACGGAAUACUGCAGGGCGACCGAAAGAAUUUGGGGCGGAAGUGGUUAAAACCAAGAGGCCAGAAUUUUGGGAGGUGCCGGAAUGGGAAGUUGUUGUUGCACAAGAAGGUGUGCAGAGUGUUGAUCUCGGUUCUUGGCCUGAUAAGGGGCUGUGUCAAUCAAUGAUCAACGCCUAUUUCCGCCACAUCAAUAUACAUCUGCCUCUGCUCGACAAAAAGAACUUUCAGAAUCAGUACGACGCUGGCAAGUGGCGAGUCAACAAGGGAUUUGCCAAACUAUGUCUCCUUGUCUUUGCAUGCGGCUCUCGCUUCGUUGACGAUGCGCGUGUACUAUGGCCCGUGGAACACAACACGCCCGACGGCCCCCCGCACCACAGCUCCCAGUACGCACAACGCCAAUCUGCUGGUUGGGGUUAUUUCCUCUCUUUCUUGCGGACAGGCGAAAGCAUCGCGGAAAGGCCCAGCCUUUUAGAGAUACAAUGUCAAGUCUUGACGUGUCAAUUCUUGUUUGGCGCUGCUCUUCCGCACUAUGUGUGGACGCUGGCUGGCUCAGGCCUUCGCUCGACGCAAGAGCUUGGCAUCCAUAUGCGAGCUACGCUCCACCAAGCUGACCCCGUGCAACGCGAGAUGUUCACGAGGGCGUUCUGGUGUCUUUACCACCUCGAUCGGCUCAAUAGCUCGAUCAUCGGGAGAACCGUCGCCAUCCAAGACUCUGAUUUCGACCUUUACUAUCCUUCCGAUGUGAGCGGGUCCACAUCCGGUGAAGCAUCCGAAGUGUCCGUCUUUGUCCAGUUGAUCAAGCUCGAUCACGUCCUCGGAGCUGCGUUGCAGACUGUAUACGCUCAGAGAGCCAGCUUGCGUAGCACAGCAAUGCUUCAGAUCUCUGUUGACCAGCUCAACAAUGCCCUCAACGCUUGGUCUACCCAUCUCCCCGAAACACUGCGGUGGAGCCCGACCAUACCUGACUAUGUCUUGUUCCAGCAGGUAUCUACACUGUCCUUGCAGUACCUUUACUGCCGCAUCGCAGCCAACCGUCCUUUGAUGGAGCCCAGUGCCUACGCCAAAGCCGACCCGUCCUCUGCAUUCGCACUCAGUCUCGAAGCGUCCCGCGGGAUAUUGGACAUUGUCAACUCGUGUCUGGCUCGUAGUCGACAGGAGCCAUUCCAAGCAGGUCCAGUCCUUGAUAUAAGCACCGCUCUGCCUAUAUGGCAAGCUGCUAUCAUCGUGCUCAUCGACGUCUACUCGAGCAGCAGGCAGACCGCCCAACAACGUGAUGCGAGCUUGCAGCUAGUGAGGGUUGCUUUUGAUGCCAUUCAAGAGCUCGAGGGCCAAUGGAAGAUGGCGGGCAAGUUCAAUGACAUGUUAUCUGUCCUGGGCGAUACCGAAGUCCUUCCGAGUCUUGAAGGCGGGGAAAGUGCUCAAAAUCAGCUUUCAAACUCGAGAGAUAAUCCUGCAGGGCGGCAAGCUCCUUUCCAAUCUUUCGCCAAUAAUGCCGCAUCGACGUCAUCCACCCGUUCUACACUGGCCAACGAUGCCGUCCCCAUUCCUUACGCCCAUUCCCGUAAUCCGUCUCACACCCCGCCCCCACGGGGAGGACAGUUCUCAGGCUUCUUACCGCAGCAAUUCCCAAUUGAUCCCGUGCUGGCUUCGCAGGAUGAGCAGCAUGCUGCUCUGGAGAACGAGCCGUUGGGUUGGUUGUUGGCGAUGAGCAAUCCGGGCGCACAGGGCAAUGGCGAGACGGCCGGAGUCAACGGAGUUUUUGGCGAUGGGGAUGUAUGGGCGCAGCUGUUUGGCGGAGGCUCUUUUUUCUAGACGGCAACUGUAUUCCAUCUCUGGGAUAGCAUAGUAUAUAUGCUUUAUUGUUUCUAAGUCUCUGUAUGAAGAUUAAUCACGGGCCGGCUUGCCAGGUUUAAGCUUUCUCCUCAUCGGGUAUCGUGGACACCUGCAACGUCUUGAUUCCUGUAGCGAGACUCGAGCCUGGCUAGUACGAUACAACCGGGGGAUUCGGGCGCUCAGCAAACUUUUUUGUGCGAUUGAGCAAGAGGAAAGCAUCCAAAGUGGCAGAUGCAAUUGCUCUUACUCCUGCCAAUUCUUACUCCGGCAAGCCUUGUGUUGUUCAGCCCUCAUACAGCGCAUCUCUUGGCCGCGCAAAAUUCCCGAGCGCGUUCAGGAUCCUUGUCAUCCGAGUUGCAAGCCCCUACGGUUUUGAGUCCGUGACAUAUAGAAUACAUCGACCGACGGAGUGCUAAACUCGUGCUGAACUGACACUACUGGCUCAAUGGCUGCACUGCUGUGUACAUAUGUAGAUCACAGCGACGGAACUCGCUCAACCCUUUGAUCCCAAUUUGAUCCCGUCGCGGAUGGCCGCCG